ACAGCUCUCGCAUCCAGCUUCUCCUCGCGACCAAAUCUGCCGCCGCUGCCGCAGCCGCCGGAGCCAGCACCGGACGAGGGAUCCCCGCCGCCGCCGGGCGCGAUGAACACGGACAUCACCGCGUCGACGAAGCCGGAGUACCCGGUGGUGGACCGAAACCCGGCCUUCACGAAGGUGGUCGGCAACUUCUCGGCGCUCGACUACGUCCGCCUCUCCACCAUCUCCGCCGUCUCCGUCACCGUCGGCUACCUCUCCGGGAUCAAGCCGGGGAUCCGCGGGCCGUCGAUGGUGACGGGCGGGCUCAUCGGGGUCAUGGGAGGGUUCAUGUACGCCUACCAGAACUCCGCCGGACGCCUCAUGGGCUUCUUCCCCAACGACGCCGAGGUCGCGCGCUACAAGUACAAGCUGUAGUGAGAAUUUAGCUUCAUUCCGCCUCUCUUAUCGCAAGCGUUACAACUUUACCUUUCCUGACCUUGUUUUAGCUUCAGUUCUUGAUCUGGGCACUGUACGCCUUGGUUGAAUAAAUGUGGCAUGUUGUUGCACAGUUGUGAGGAUUUGAUGGUACCAUUUGCCUCCUCUUGUUAUGAUUCGGUGAGAAUUUGGUCGCCGUUACGGCAAACGUAUGUAUUUGAAAACGGAUUGUGCUGUGGAACUUGGUAAUUGUUGUGUCA